GAGACGUUUUCUUCCACACAAACUUGUCAUUUUGAUUGAAAAUCAAACAAUGAAAAAGAAGAAACUAAAAACGAUACUACGAAGGCGACGAAUAAAGAGGAGAAAAAAUCAAGAACAAUCAAGAGAUGACUUUAAAGCGCUGUCAAUUACUUUGAUUCAAAAUGCAAAAUGGAAAGAAGCUCCAAAGAUAUUUUCGACAGUUCCGAAAAAACGGUCUUGUGCAGUCAUUGGAAAUUCUGGCAUCCUACUCAAUAGCUCUUGUGGAUGCGAAAUCGAUUCACAUGAGUUUGUAUUGCGUUCGAACAUCGCGCCAAUUUUAGGAUUCGAAAAAGACGUUGGAUACAGACACGACUUUGUUUCAUUAAAUCUUCAACUUUCACGGACUGCCACCUCUUGUUUAGAAAAUUCAUCGAAUCCAUGUUUUGAAGAAAUGUUGAAAAGGUUUAAAGUUUAUGGCCAAUCAAUAAUUUGGCUCUCCAAACUUUGUAAAACAUCGAAGGAAACUUAUCUCGGAAUAUUAUCGCAGCUGCAAAAACACAACAUAAAUCCAAAGACUGCAUACCCUUUCACGUCGAUUGGAAGCAGUAUUGAAAGGCUCUGGAACAUAACAAAUCCGUCGUCAGGUCUUUUUCUCUAUACUGUGGCAGCAUCGUUAUGCGAUGAUAUCUCCUUGUAUGGUUUCUAUCCGUUUUACACAUCAUCGGACGGUACGCAAUUAAAACAUCAUUAUUAUGAAAACAGAUCAAUGGACUACGCAAAAUCACAUCACAUGCCAGAAGAAUUCAAAUUGUUCACAGUUUUACAUAAAUUUGGGUUUAUUCGAUUGGUUUUAGACAGAUGUUCACAAGAUAGUAGGAGAUUGUAAGUCUCAGAUAAAAUAUUUUGAAUAUAAAAAAAAUAAUAAUGUUGUAUACAAUUCUAUAAUAUUUAUUUGUGAUGAAUGAAACUACUAAAAUAAUUAUUGUAAUUAAUAAGUUUUUAAAUAGUGGAAAAGUCCCAGGUAGCAAGCAAACAUGGGCCCAAUAUGGGAAAUGCAUGGGCCAAAAUGUGGGCCCCCUACAUGGCCUAUAUGGGAUCAAGCUGCCUGUGCACCCUAAAUCUUUAAGGGUUCCAUAAAGUUUGGCUCAAAUGCAAAUGUGGGCCCUUUAAAGGAUAUAUUUGG